AUGCAGCGUCUGACGAGCGUUCUUGGCUACGGCAAUGUCAAUCUGCAAGGCCAGAGCAGAUCAAACCGGGAAGAUGAUGCAAUUGGAAAGGUGGUCAACCGUGACAAGGCUCGUAUUGGAUUGAGGAAGCGAAGAGCGGUGGUAGCGGAUGUUCAAGAGCAGGGAUCAAACUAUCCUGGGAUGGUCAACCUUUCCGGCACAUUGUGUUACAUGAACUCGAUACUGCAGGCUUUCGCAUCUUUGACGUAUCUAAAGUUGUACCUGGAUCAAAUCAUCUAUUUGGCUGAGGAGGUGGAUCUCAAUACGCCAAUUAUCGAUGCCUUGGACUCCACGCUGCAAGAACUCAAUACGCCGUGCUCCUCACGUCCCGCUCCUGUCCGCCCAUAUCAUUUCAUCGAGGCACUGUCCCAGCUACCAUCAGUCCGACGGCUCUUGCAGACACGAGAGCAUCAAGAUGCCCACGAACUGUUCCUGUUGCUCACGAACGCUGUCGCCGAAGAACUUAAAUCGCUGGAGAAGGAGAGACGCAUAGAUCGAGGCCUGUCCGUCAUUCUCGACGGUACCAAAAUCCAGCGUGAUAAGGACGGGAACAAUACCAUACAAGUCAUCAAAGACAAGGGCAUCGAAAAGGAACGGCUACUGUCACCUUGGGAAGGUCUGACCGCUAUCAGGCGGAACUGUUUGGUUUGCGGUUGGUGCGAAGUGAUCCGACACGAGGUGACAGGGGCGAUCGAUGUUACGGUACCGAUGAAUGGUGCAGCGUCUAUUCAAGAAUGUCUACAGCAGUCGAUGGCACCUGAGAUCAUUGACGAUGCAUAUUGCGACUCGUGCACUCUGAAUUUGACUAUCAACUAUUACAUUUCGGAGGAUCAACGGCUUUCCGGGAACAACCCUGAUAUUCCAAACGGUUCCUCAGUGGUCAACAAAAAGAUUGACAAACCGGUGCGAUUAGCCGUCGAGUCUGUCACACCUGCCAGCCUGCUAUCCGAACCCGCACUAGAGACCCCGCGGCCGUCAGCAAAGCCUACUUCCGCGAAAAAGCGGCGAGCUCGAGAUGCCAGAGCUUUGCUCCGCAAACUCGAAGAUGUCAAAGCUCAAGGAAGCAUUGGAGAGAUAGUAGGAGAAGGCAAAGCGAAAGCGCGAGAUUUGGGUCUGCAAGAUGUCAAGUGGGUCAAGGGGCAAGGCCCGAGCUCGCGAAUGAGCAUGAUUGCAAGGCCACCGCAUAUCCUGACUCUUCAUCUCAAUCGUUCUGGAUUUACCCCCUAUGGUCAAAUCGUUAAAAAGACCACGCAAAUCGCUUUCCCCCCUGUUCUCAAUCUAUCCCCAUUCACAACAUCCGGCAUGAUCACCAUGGACUCGAAACAACCGAUAUCAACCAUGGACGGCGGUAUAGACGCAGAGUCACAACAGACACCAAGCGUACUGUAUCGCCUCAACGGUGUCAUCUGCCACUACGGAUAUACGCACAGCUUCGGUCACUUUGUCGCAUACCGACGCAAACCCGAACCUACAGUCAGACAGCAUGCAGACAGCGUUCUUCACCCUCGCGGCCGGUGGCUUCGGAUCAGUGACGCGGAUGUCAGCGAAGUACCAGAGAGCGCCGUUCUGGGGGAGCGCAGUAAUGCGUUCCUCCUAUUCUACGAAAAGCUUGCGAACGAGUCAUCAAGCGAUGAGGGAAAAUUACCUUUGGAUCGCUUGGAUGGUGCUGAGCACAGUAAUGGCGUUGGAAUACGAGAGGAUGCAGGAAGAAGCAUUCUGGACGCCCUGAAAAGGCAACAGGCAGAUUCGCCGCAAAAUGUAAUAGCUCAGAAACCCGUGGACUCCCUUGACUAG